UUCAAUUCAAUGAUCAAGAAUAUUUAAAAAUUUUCUAAUACAAAAGAAAGCUUAUUACUUAAAAUUAAUUUUUUCUACACGAUACAAAAAGUAUUUUUUUUUUUUCUAAAAAUGUCAAACUUAUUGUGGAUUUUAUUGUUCCUGAAGAUGAUGGGUAAAAUACAAACAUGGGAUUUAACGGAAAAAACAGUAACUAUAAAUAGACCAGUACAAAAUCAAUAUAAAAAAUUAAAUUCCAAUAUAAAGAUAAAGGAACUUUAUCAUAAAAAAAUGCAUUUUGAAAUAAUAAUUGCAAAAAAUACAAAUUUAACUAUCAAUGUUAAAAGUAUUGGAAAUUUAAAUAAUUUAUACUUUUAUUGCUUAAAUGAUUUAUCAUAUUGGACAGUUAAUAUUUUAAAUUAUCAAGGUGAAUUAAAUUCAACAAAAACAAUAUCAUCAUUAUAUGAUUGUGUUCCAAUGAUAUCGUUUUCAAAUAAAGAUGCUUUUCAAGUGACAAUAAAAACAAAAAAUUGGACAUUUUUACCAGUAUUAAAUUAUUUUGAAGUAAAAGAAACUUUUGAAUUGAAAAUCAUUGAAAAUGAUUUUCUCAAUGAAAUUGAUACUUAUGGUUUUGUGGACAGUUAUUAUAUUCAAAUAUUUUUAUCUAAACGAGAUGCAUUAGCGAUUAAAAAUAAAUAUAAUUUAAUUGAUGAAUUAAAAAUACAAGCCAAUGUUAUUAGAUAUUUUAAUAAUUUAAUUGCUAAUGUCGAUGAGGAAAAUCAAACUAUAUUUUUACGUUCAAUACAAUGUCAUCCGGAUGUUUGUGAAGAUAAUUUUUAUAACAUCAAAGAUUCAAUUAUAACAACAUUAAACAUAACUGAAUUCUUCACUAAUAAAAAAGAAGAUUGUAGUUCGUCUUUAUUGCAACAAAUUGGUCGUUUCUAUGAGGUCAAAUACUUUAAUAGAGAUGCAUAUAUCACAGAAAAAGUUUGGCUUUAUAUUUUCAUUUAUUUUUAUAGUUUAAAAGCUAAAUCAACAAUAUCAAUUCAUCAUAUAAAGGGAAUAGUAUGGAAUGAAAGGAUUCCAUAUAAUGAGUGGAAUUUUUUACAAAAGGUUAAAUAUUUUUUAUAUUUAUUUGACAUUGAUGGUAAUAAAAAUCAUUUAAUAUUCAGAGAAUUUAAUAAUCGUUAUCUUCAACAGUCGAAGAAUAAAUUUAGUGAUAUAAUUUCAAUUCUCGUGCAAGUCUUUUUGGAAUAUAAAAAUGUUAAUAUUUUACCGUAUUUAAAUAAAGCUAAUUUUACACUUAUGGAAAAUUCCAAUUCACGUGAACAUUAUAAUGAUUUAAAAAUACGACUUAUGUGUGUUGAAAAAUUUGAACUAAAAUUUAUAUCUCACUCUAAUGGAACAAUUAUUAUCAAUAUCAAAUCACCAAUUUCAAUUAAUGGAUUGUGUUUAUAUAUCAAUAAUAAUUGUAUAAGAAUUAUUGAAACUAAUGUCAGGCAAAAAAUAAAUCGAAGGGCAUUUUACAGAUUUAUUAAACAAAAUGAUAAUUCUAUUUAUUUUGCUGCACAAAUUAAUGGUGAAUUGUAUAUUUACGAAAAUGAUAAUGUAAAUUUUAAAUCUAAUUCUUUUCUUUCAUUUUACAAUAUUGAGAUUAAAAAAGUAGAUAAAAGUGUAUUAUAUCUACCGUUAAUUUACUAUUAUAUUGAUAUAACUUGUGGUGAAAAUUAUGAAUUAGUUUCUCGAAUUUUUAUAAAUUAUAAAACAUCGACAAUUAUAUUUUAUUAUUAUAAAAUUAAUAGUUUUUCUUUAAAUGUAAAUUUUAAUAUAACUUUAGAAAAUGAAGAAAUAAUUGUUUUUAAUGAAAAUAGUAUAGAAUUAAAGGAACAGGAAUAUUCUCAAAUAGUUAGAAAAGAAAAAUUUCAAAUUACUGACAAAUUAAAUAUUCAAUUAUCAAAUUCAAAUUGUCAAAUUGACAUAAACAAUCAUUUAGAAUUAAGAAAUUAUAAUCGUAAAAUAAAUUAUUUUAUGUCAUUCGAUUUAACAGAUAUUGGUUUAAUGAAAUUAAGUGACUCUUUUGAAUUUGAUAUUGUUAAAAGUGAUGUGAUGAGAAUUAGACAAUUUAUGACUAAUUACAUGAAUUGUUUGAAUACUAAUGUAUUUUACCAACGUUUACUUAAUCAUUAUGCACAUUUAUUAAUUUCAAAAGGAUAUUCACCAAUUAUUGUACGAAAAUGGCUUUUACCUGAUGAUAUACCACAGGAAUUACAACGUGCAAUUUCAAUGAACAAUUAUAAUGGAUAGUUUUUAAAUUUUGGUUUUUAAAUGUAAAGGUAUAUGAAGU